GUUAAAGCUGGGCAUUCAUAGAGAGCUGACUAAGAUGAGCUUGCUAGUGUUUAUUUCAGUUAUUGUUUUGAUAGUACUUUUUUAUUAUAAUUUAAAAAGUGUGAAGUACCCUCCAGGUCCAAUUGCUCUUCCAUAUUUUGGGAACAUAAUUACUAUAAAAAAAUUAAGUAAGAAGUUUAACGGUCUCCAGGGCGCAUUUAUUGAACUAAGUAAACAAUAUCGGACCGAUGUUCUCUCUGUUUCCAUGUCAGGUGAAUAUUCAGUUGUCGUACAGGGUAAAGAAUUAAUAGAUGAAGUUCUUAGAGGAGAUGAAUUUCAAGGAAGGCCGAACAACUUUUUCAUAAAGCUGCGAUCAAUGGGAGCAAGAAGAGGAAUAACGAUGACGGACGGCCCACUGUGGAAGGAACAAAGAGCAUUUGCUUUCAAACAUUUGCACGAGCAUGGGCUAGGAACCCAAAAAAUGGAUGAUAUGCUACAAAGACAAUUACAGGAAAUGCUGUCUAAACUGAAUGAAGGUGUAUUGAGCAACCUUGUUUUGAAACAAUAUGUUUCUAAAUGUGUAUUGAAUGUAUUAUGGGAAAUGGUUACUGGAUCUUCAUUUCAAGACGAGGAAACAAUGACAUCCUUAAUAUCCCUGAUGGAAGCACGUUCGAAGGCGUUUGACAUCAGUGGUGGUCUCCUUUCGCAGUUCCCAUGGAUUCGAUACAUAUUUCCUAAGUAUUCUGGCUAUAAUUUGAUUCAAACUUUGAACAGAAAAUUUAAAGAAAUGAUUAUGGGAAUAAUUGAACAUCAUAAAAAAACCAUUGUGAAAGGUCAUUCACGUGACUUUAUCGAUGCUUUUCUUCAUGAAAUGAAUGAAAAUCCAACAUCGAGCUCUUUUACUGACGAACAGCUGGUUAUGGUAUGUCUAGAUUUCUUCAUUGGCGGUUCUCAGACUAUAAGCGGCACUCUUGACUAUUGUUUUCUUUAUAUGACGAUGUAUAAAGAUGUACAAGAGAAAGUCCAAAAAGAACUUGAUGAUAUAUUAUUACCUGGUCAAUCUCCAUCCAGGAAUAAUAAAAAUAAGUGUCCAUUUGUAGAAGCUGUAAUAUCAGAGGUUCUCAGGAUAUCUCCUAUCAUAUCACUUCUUGGACCAAGGAGAACUACAUGUGAUACUUUUCUCAGUGGUUAUUUCAUACCAAAGGACACCACUGUAUAUCUUAAUUUUAAGACUGUCCACGACAGUUCCAAACAUUGGGAAGAUCCGGGAAAGUUUAAACCUGAAAGAUUUUUAAAUGAAGAAGGAACAGUUAAACAAGAACAAACCUUGUACAACUUUGGAAGAGGUAAAAGGCGUUGUCCUGCCGAGGUUCUUGCUAGGACUGCUCUGUUUAUACUAUUUUCAGGUGUACUACACAAUUUAAAACUAGAACCUGCCGAUGAGAAAGAUCCACUUUCAUUGAGGCAGGUUCCAGGAAUAACUACAUCUGCUGCAGAGUAUUAUAUUAAACUUACUAGAAGACAUAAAUAGCAUCUAAUUAAAAAUACUUAUACUGUCCAAAAUAAAAAUAUAGAUUUUCUACUAUUAAUAAUAACUAGCAUAACCGGGUUAAUAUUAUGUUAGCCUUAAUACAUAAUUUCAACAUAACAUUUUCAAAGUUUUAGUAACUAUUAUUGUACUUUGGUGUAAGUUUUACUAAACAUCAAAAACAUUUUACAUCAAGUAUUAAUUAAUUAAUUUAUAUAAUUAUCCUGAAAUAAAAUAUAAGUAAGAUGUGUU